AUGCCCAUAAGAAGUUUUUUAAGACCUACUUUUAGAAGAUUAGCAUCGACAAACGUUAACUCCGCUAAAACACAUACCUUAAGAUCAAUUCUUUUUAAAACAACUUUUGGCGUAUCUUUGUUUUAUACUGCCGGUGUUAUUGGUUCAGCUUAUAAUGAAAAGAUUGAAAACUUAUUUAUUCAAAAUGUACCUCUUGGUUCAGAAUUAAUGGAUUCUUAUUGGUUUGGCACCAUGGGCGAAUACAUUGAAAAAUCUAGUGACCAACUUAAUUCCUUAUAUAGUACUUUGUUGAAUAAGGAUAUUGAUAAAACAACUUCCAAAAUAGGUAAAUUUCUACCAAGGAAAAAAGAAGCAAGAAAGGAUGAAGUUAAACAAGCUUUAAUAUUGAAACCUGUUGCUUUAAAUGCCUUUGCCAUUUCAUUAAAUCCCUCUUUUGAAGAAGUCAUUGAUUCAAUUAAUGGAUUCUUCGAAAAAAUUAAUUCUAAUGAACUUUUAUUAACUGAAACUCAAUUAGAAGAAGUAAUUAAAUGCCACGAUACUUUAGAUCAAUGUGUUCAUUCUUUUAACUCUAAGGCAAACCAAUUACAUAAAGAAAUUAUUGAAGCUAAAGUUGGUGAAGCUAUUAAGGGCUUCGAUGAAGAAUAUGAUAAUAAAUUGAAAAAAAAAUCAAAGAAAGUUUUAAAGAAAUUUCAAAAGGAAUUUGAUGAUAUGAAAGCAAAUUUGACAGAAAAAUUUGAAAAAGAUUUGAAAAAAAACCUAGAGGAAAAUGCGAAGUUAUUAAAAGCUCAACAAGAUAAUGAAGUUACUUUGGUUUCAAUUACUCAACUAAAAGAAUUUACCAAUAUAAUUAAACAAACUUUAGAUAAAGAAAGAAAUGGUAGACUGGCUUAUUUAGAAGAACUAGACUCAACUGUUGGCGAUUUAGCUAAAAAUGUUCAAGAUAUUAACAAUUUAUUAAUGAAAAAUGAAAUUAUUAGACAAUUAUCUACAACUCUAGCGCAAUUUAAAUUAUUUUUACAGCAUAGCGAAAGCUUAGAUUCUAAUAAUGAAAUUCAAUUAGAGAAAGUAAAUUCUUUAAUUGAAAAGAUAAUUUUCCUAAAGAGAAUGCUACCAAAAGAUUCUACAGUUAGUUGCAAAUGUUGUGUUACUAAGGAUAAGAUUUGUAGGUGUAAAUCAAUGAAAGAUAAAUCUCAAUACCCUCUAUUAGAUGUUACCUUGUCCGAAUUAAUGAAUUUGAAAUCUAAAAACCAACCAAUAUUAUCUAAUGAACAAUUAUAUAAUAGAUGGCUAUUAUUGGAAUCUGAUUUCAAAACUGCAUCAUUAUUACCACCAAACCCAGGAUUCUUAGGACAUUUAACUGCAAAGGUUUUUUCAACUUUGCUAAUAACUAAAAAUGGUAUAACUCCAGAAGGUAUUGAUCCAGACAGUAUUUAUUCCAAUGUUAAAGAAAAUUUGAAAUUAUCUAAAAUUGACAAGGCUUUGGAAACAGUAGUUUCAUUGAAUGGCUGGCCUCAUAUCCUUUGUGAUGAUUGGAUUAAAAAUGCAAGAGCUAGACUAGAAUUAGAAACUUUAAUUGACAUUUUAAAUUGUGAAGUUUCAUUAUUAUAA